CCGGCCAGGCCAGCUUUCUGCGCCGUGGGGAUGGCGGAGGGAGGUAGCGUCCCGGGUCGCGGGCAAAUGUGUGAAAGCUGAACUGCUUCGGGGCUCCGCUGUGCAGUCGAAUAGCGCUCCCUUCACGCGGUCAGGGGACCUCUCGACUGCACCUCGGGCCUGGGGUCUCCAGGGCCAGUGUGGUUUUCUGCAAUGGUGGGCGGGUGGGAGGAUCCCCCGUAAAAUGGAUGCCUUUGUGUCAGGAAACAAACUUCGGUUUACUCUCCUUUUCAGGGGCUUUUCGCUACGUAAACGGAAACGGCGCAGACAGGCUUAACCGUAUCCGUGGUCGUGUUCCUUCUCUCUCAGGCCCGGAGGUUAUCGGCCCCCAGUUACACAGCCUUUAGGGUUUCGGGUGAUGUGACAGGGCUUGAAGGACUUGGAUGAACGCAGAUGGAGGGCCUAGUUUGUAUGAGACGCUGGCUAGUUCACUUGUCCUGAAAAGAACUAGUCACCCUGCGGACCAGCACCGCCUUAUUUAGAGGUAAACCAAGAUUCCAUUUCCAAGAUGGAAAGCCCCUCAGACUCAGCUGUGGUUUUACCUAGCACUCCCCAGGGCUGUGCCAGUCUGCCGUCUCCCCCUACCAGUAGUUCGAGAAAACAACCUAUGAGUGCAACACUUAGAGAACGGUUAAGGAAAACUAGAUUUUCAUUUAAUUCCUGUUACAGUGUGGUAAAGCGUCUUAAAGUAGAGAAUGAAGAAAACGAUCAGACCUUUGCAGAGAAACCAGCAUCUUCAACAGAAGAAAACUGUUUGGAAUUUCAAGAUAAUUUUGAACACAAAGACAGUGAAGUUGAAGAAAGUUCAUAUUUGAAAAAUACCACUAAGAAUAUCAGUGCAUGUGACUCUGAAUCACUUGAUACAGGGUCUUGCAGUGAUCUCCAGAAUGACUUUGAUGAGACUUUUCCCCAAAAAGUAUUAAAUGAUGACAAGGCAAAAUUGGUGAAGCAGAUUCAGGAGAAAGAAGACCUUCUUCGGAGGCUAAAACUAGUCAAAAUGUAUAGAUCAAAGAAUGACCUGUCUCAAUUACAGUUGUUAAUAAAGAAGUGGAGAAGCUGUAGCCAACUGUUGCUUUAUGAGUUGCAGUCAGCUAUGUCUGAGGAGAACAAGAAACUCAGCCUUACUCAGUUGAUAGACCUCUAUGGGUUAGAUGAUAAAUUACUGCACUAUAACAGAAAUGAAGAAGAAUUUAUAGGUGUUUAAUUCAUAAUUUUUUCUCUAUUGUUGAGAAUGACAAUUUAAAAAAUACUUAUACAUUCUAAAGGGAAGAUGUAAACCAUUAAGGCUUCAAGAAAGGUAUCUUGAUAAACAUCAAUUUAGGGCGCUCUAUUAGAUAAAUAAGUUCUCAAAUGAAAUUUUAAUAUUUUGGAUAAUUGCCAAAGAA